GCUCUACCACCUACUACUUCCCAAGAAGCAUGAGACUUCUGCUGCUGGCUCUGCCUGCCCUUGCUCUUCUACCCCAAGUGAUCCCAGCCUACAGUGGUGAGAAAAAAUGCUUGAACAGUUCGGGGAACUGCAGGAAAAACUGCGAAGAUGGAGAAACGAUACAGGACACAUGUAAAAAUCACCGAGUCUGCUGCGUUCCGAUCAUCAGGGCCAACAAGCCAAAGGCCUCGGUCAGGGUCAGCUGGACGACGGAGGAAACCACGACAAUGGAGUACGAUCUAAACUCAGAGUUCAUGGAUGUACUUAACACAGAGAUUGAUUCAGAAUACGUGGAUGUAAGAGGUGAGGAAAGAACAGGCCUGAGAGGCGGCUGGAGAGCUCUGUCUCUGGAGUCUGAGAGCUCAUGACUUCUCAGAUGUCACUCGCUCGUGUCCCAAGAGUGACAGACUAUGUUGUAUAUCUAAGGCACUGAAAUACCCAUGAGCCCCACUCACUCCCCAUGAUUCUAUUAUUCUAGAUAAAGAACCACUGUGUAAAGCA